AAAGUGCGGAGUGCAGCGCGAUUACUUUUCUCGUGUUUACUUCUGAAAAGUUCGUAUAUUUUUACUUGAGUAUUUAAAGCAUGUCAUUAGAAUCCAAGAGUAUUUUCCAGAUGGAGAAGGAAAUCGCCGAUUUGAGAGAAUUAUUGCGAAGCAAGGAACAAGAAUUAAGAGUUUUGAAAGAAUGUGAAGGAAGUAAAACACACCUGUCUGUUGAAAAAUUGUCAAAGGAUGAUAUUGAGAGGUUUAGUAGACAAAUUAUUAUUCCUUCGAUUGGAGUGAAAGGUCAGCAGCUAAUGAAAGGAGCCAGUGUUCUCAUUGUGGGAGCUGGAGGUUUAGGCUGCCCUGCAGCUCAAUACCUCACAGGAUCUGGCAUUGGGCACAUUGGCUUAGUCGAUUAUGAUGAAGUUGAUCGCAGCAAUUUACACCGCCAGCUUCUACAUUCUCAAGAAAAUAUUGGUGUGUCUAAAGUUUCAUCCGCUGCUGAAGCUCUAAGAAGAUUGAAUAGCAAUGUAAGGAUUUCGGAACACAGCUUACAACUUGACAGCUCUAAUGCUCUCAAUAUUGUUCAGCAAUAUGAUGUAGUUAUAGAUGCGACAGAUAAUGUGGCCACUCGUUACCUCCUGAAUGAUGCUUGUGUUAUUUCUGGAAAACCUCUAGUUUCUGGUUCUGCGCUCAGAUUAGAGGGACAGCUUACUGUGUACAAUCAUCAUCAGGGUCCUUGUUACCGUUGUAUAUUUCCAAAGCCACCUCCUCCUGAAACUGUUACAAACUGUGGCGAUGGUGGAGUUCUGGGUGCAGUCCCAGGUGUUAUAGGAGUUCUCCAGGCUUUGGAGGCAAUUAAGAUAGUUCUAGGGUGGACUGGAGUUCUCUCAGGACAGCUGCUGUUAUUCAGUGGCGAACAAAGCACCUUCCGUAAUAUACGUUUGCGAGCUAAAAAUCCAAGUUGUGAUGUAUGUGGAGAUCACCCUUUAAUCACUAAACUCAUUGAUUAUGAACAAUUUUGUGGGGCCAAAGCUACUGAUAAAGAAUCUGGCUUAAGUCUUCUGAAGCAAGAACAGCGUGUGAGUCCUGAGACAUUGCACAGAUCAUUCAUUUGCAAAAAUGAAGGAAUUGUCAUUGAUGUACGUGACUCAGAGGAGUUCAACAUGUGUGCCCUGCCCAAUUCAAUUAACAUUCCUCUCAAAAAACUAGAAGAAGUAACAACAAUUCAAAAAAUUAAAGAAAUUUUGGAUUCUAGAAAGAAAAAUGAAGAAAAUUUCCCAGUAUAUGUGCUGUGCAGAAGAGGAAACGAUUCUCAACGAGCUGUGCUUAAACUAGAGCAAAGUUUGGGAAAUGAAAAUGUUGCUGUUUGUGACCUCGAAGGUGGACUUCAUGCAUGGGCCAGAGCAAUCGACUCUUCAUUCCCAAUUUACUGAACGUUGGUAUCAUUAAAGAGUAACUAAUUUCGAA